UGGGUAUAUACUGUAAGAUACAACAGCCCACCUCGAAAAUAUUAUCCAGGUGCUGUUAAUAAUUCCCUUCCUCUUUCCUUGUAGUUUGGUCAUCUGUGCCAUUUUCCGCGUCCUCGCUUUGCGCCGUAGUGCUAUGUGGGUGCUUUCUACGUCACCAGGGGGAAACUCAAAACGAAAACAAUGAUCCUUCGCCAGAAACCGUAUCUACGGAAUAGCAUUAGAGUAGAUUAGACCUUCUCUAUGCUAUAGCCUACCCCACUCGUGGCUCAGCGUCCGGCGACCGCCACAAUAGCCAGCUAGACAAGGGUAGAACGAAGGGGGAUAAAUAGGGUUGCCAUCUCAAUCGCCUCCAGAUCACACGAGACUGGAUGUAGCUUAGUCUGUUUUUUAAAAUAUAUAUAUCGAAGUCCAGUCUGCAACUUUCCCCAGGGUACCGUCCUGAUGGCUGGACACGAGUGGGAGUAUAAGGACUGGUUCGAACGGGAGGAAUUUAUCGGACAGAUCAGCGACAUCCGAGUGCAGAAUCUUCAAGUUGAAAGAGAGGUCGUUCAGAAGAGGACGUUCACACGAUGGAUGAAUCUGCAUUUAGAGAAGUGCACUCCUCCGAUGGAGGUAAACGACCUGUUCAGAGAUAUCCAGGAUGGAAGAAUACUCAUGGCCUUGCUGGAGGAACUGUCCGGAUGCAAGCUGCUUCAUGGAUGGAAACAGUCCUCACAUCGUAUCUUCAGACUGAACAACAUCGCAAAGGUCCUCACCUUCCUAGAGGAAAGAAAUGUGAAGCUGGUCAGUAUUGACGCUGCAGAUGUCGCCGAUGGCAACUCUUCCAUCGUUCUCGGACUCAUCUGGAAUAUUAUCCUGUUUUUCCAGAUCAAGGAGCUGACAGGGAACAUUAAGAGCCAGUUCCCCUCGUCCUCCAGCCUCUCUUCGCUCCCCACCAGCUCCGACUCCGACAACUCCCACUCCAGCACGCCCUCCGAUGAGAGGCCACGCUCCAUCGCCAUGAGGGAUCAUGGGAAAGCCAUCAAGACGCUCCUGCAGUGGGUCCAGAGACGCACCAGGAAGUAUGGUGUGGCGGUGCAGGACUUUGGGAAGAGCUGGACCAGUGGGCUGGCCUUCCUGGCCGUCAUUAAGUCUAUUGACCCCAGCCUGGUGGACAUGAGGAGAGCUCUGCUGAGGACAGCUAGGGAGAACCUAGAGGAUGCCUUCAGGACAGCCCACUAUAGCCUGGGCAUACCCAGACUACUGGAACCAGAGGACGUGACCAUUAACCCUCCAGAUGAGCAGUCCAUCAUGACCUACGUGUCCCAGUUCCUGGAGCACUUCCCCGGGAUGGAAGAGCCCCAGGAGAAUGUAUCUGAUGUGAUACAGAGGAGUGUGUCGUCAGGUAGACUCAGCUGUCGUGUCAACGACUCCUCCCACGACCUGAGGAAUGGCGUUCACCGGAGUCGGGACCGAGAGAGGCCCUUUGUGGUCCGGCGAGACUUAAUCCAGCACCCGCCCAAAAUCUUAAUCUCCUCUAUCUCCGAGGAGCUCAAGUCCCCCAUAUCACCGCCCGUGGUGGAGCGCUCCCCGGUCAACGAAGGCUCGACGGUAGGGACCACACCCAGCCCUGUCUUCACCGUCUCCACUUCCAGCUCUCCGCAGCCCUCAUUUGUCAACUCCGUCAUCGGCUCUGUGUCCUGUGACUCCCCAAUCAGUGACUCUGUGAUCAGUUCGCCAGACUCCUGUUGGGAGCGCCUGCCGAGCGAGGCAGUGACGCCAGACAGGUCUAUGGAGAGCCGUAGCGAUGGGUCGCUAUGUGACAGCGGGGUAUCCUGGGACAUCCCUCCCUCCACACCCCAUGGGGUCACACCUGAUCUGGAGGAUCCGUUGCCAUCGGUUAUGGGGCCAAAGGCAGGAAAGCCUCAGGAUGAGGAACAGGAAGUGAUGCCAGAGCUGUUUAUCGACGAGGGGAACUACUCUUUUAGCUCAGUGGAGAGCACACAGUACAGGGCUAAUACACAACUAGAAGAGGAUGGGGAGGGAAGGGAGAAGAAAGAGAAGGAAGAGGAGGAGGAGGCGUAUAGCUACAUUCUGGAACUUAGUGAGGACAAGGCAGCCAAGCAGAAGCCUGAUCAAAGAGAAGGAAAGAACAUAACAGAGAGAACAGAAAGUGACUCAGAAGGAAUAGACAAUAAUACACGUCAGAGUAAUGGCGUCAACAAGGAGCAGGGGCGGCCAUCUUUAGAGUUCUCUGACCAGAAAAGGGAGAGUGUGUGUGAGAGUGUGUGUGAAGGUGAGAGUGUGUGUGUAGGUGAGAGCGUGUGUGAGGGUGAGAUAGGUGGAGCUGUGUGUUCUCCUCAACACAAGGAUGCCAGCCAUUCACAGCAGGAGACCCCUGACCUGCAUGAAAAGCCAAAUCAGCAGGACGGUGUCCUGGAGAAGACAGACAGAGCAUCAGAAUGUGCCAAGAAGGAAACAGUGGAACCAUCUACAGAUUCCAGAAAGGCUGGAAACCCAGAGGAGGGGUUAGCUAUGGAUCGUUCUGAUAAAGCAGAGGGUCAAGCAGAGGAAAGGCACAAGCAGGUCACAGAAGAGUCAGAAACACAAAAGAAGAUAAAGGACGUUCUGAACGGCCACAUAGAGUCACAGGAGAACACUACGACUCAGGAGGUCACAGAGCAGUCACAACCGUAUAUGGAGAUGGACCAGACUCGGACUAUCCAGGGGGGAUCCUCAGAACCAGAAGAGGAGAGCCAUACUGGGCAAAAGGACCCGGAAUCUCUGUCUUGCACAGACAAUCGGCAGAGCUCCACACUCCCAGCAGAGGACAGAGAGGAUAGGACCCAGAGCCCAGAGAGAGAGGCAGAGGUUGGGGAUGAAGACCCAGACCUGUGUGAGCCCCCUGGAGGUGGCUUGGUUGAAAAGAGCGAGACAGCCCCUUGUUGUGGAGAUGCUAAUGUGAAUGUUGUAGUUCCUGAGAAGAAGAGAGGGGCAGAAAAUGGCCAUGACAGGGUGGAUGCUACUGGGUCUGGAGCAACAGACAACAGAGAAACAGUAGUGGAGGUCCCCCAUCAGGGCACACCAGUAUCCAUUAUCCCCUUGGACAUGGUGUACUACCCCCACUAUGAUGUCCCCAUCUCCCAUGUCACUGAGGCCUUCGUGGAGCCUAACCCUGGACUGGUCCUCACUGGGCCGGUUCCUCGCUCUCCUCCCUCAGACACACACACCAAGAACCAGUCUUUAUCCCUACCGCCUGGUCAAGAGAGAGACAUAGAAAAGGAUGUAGAGGAUCAUACUGAGGGCAGUCAUAGUGAGACAGAGGCCUCUACUGUUGAAGAGACAGGGGACAAAAUGUCAGACACAGAAAAGAGUGAAACCAAGAGUGUCAAUGUGGCCUAUACAGACAGUGAGAGGAGCAGUGCAAUGGAGAAGCCUGAAAGUGAACCAAUGGACUUGUUCCAAGCUGACAUGAGUGGGGCCCUUGAUCAGACAAUGACAUUGAGUGAGACUCUGGAACCCAUGGACCUGUUCUACCCGGAUACAGAUGACUGUGGUCAUGUAGAGGAACCAGAGAACGACGUGGAGACCUCGCCGUGGUCCUCUUCCUUCAGCAAGUCAGUAGAGACCUGGCCCUUAACCUUUAGUGUUGCAGCGCUACAACCAGCACCAUCCUCAGAACCAGAACCAGAGACACAUACAGACUUGCACACACAUAGCCAGGGAGAGACUCAUACAGAGACACACAGCAGUCCAGACUCACACAUAAAAAGCCAACUGGAUCUAGAAGCUCUCAGAGAGGAGUCAACAAUGCAGAAGUAUGAUAAGGAGGUUGAAGUGAGAGGGGGCUCCAGGCUAUCGGGCCCACAGGAAUGGUGCUCCGUGCUGGGUGAGCAGACGGAGGGAGAUGGGGGUGUGGUGGAGACAGAGAUGGAGACCCACCGUGGAGCUGCUGAGAGCAGUGAUCUCACCAGGCCUGAUGAGGAGAAGUCUGCCUCUGCUGCCAGAGGAAACAAUGAGACCAUGAGGAGGGACGCUGACAGUGAUGGAACCACAGAUGAACAGUGUUCUAUGUGUUCUACACCACUCCACCAGAGGAAGGUGGCUGGCUCUAAUGAGAAGGACAAUGAGAAGAAUGGAGCAUCCAGCCGAACUCACAGUACCAAGUCUGACACCAGCUGGAGGGAGAUGAGAACUCCUACUUCAUUGACAGAGUACUACAUUCUCCUACUUCUGUGGCUGCUCCUCUACUGCCUGUUGGUGUUGCCACAGAUCGACUACAGGAACCUGCCAAGCCUUCUGCUCAACCUGGAAAAAUGAAUACACACACAUACUGCGACACAUGUACAUACUGAUACACACAUCACAAACAUGUCACACACACACGACACAUACACACGCAUGUACACACAACACUUUUUUUUAUUCCAGAAUAAUUUAUAAAGCUGUUUAGAGAUUCUGCUCUUUGGCUUUUAAUGUGGCUUGCUUAAAUUGCUUAAAUAUGCUUAAAUUGUGAAGACAAACCUAUAACUUUGUAUGUUUUUCUGAGUUUAUUGAUGUACAAAGAAAGAAGCACUCUGAGGGCUAUUUAAUCCGUAGCGCUGAAGAUCCUCUUUAUAGCGCGAUUGACAAUUAAAGUCAAUGUUCCCGCGGUCGCGGAGACUGCAUUCACGGUAAAUGCUGGAUUUGUACGCGGAUCGUCAGCAAUCGUCAGCGAUACUUUGGCAAUAUGGAUUGAAUCCAGCCCUAAGAAUGUAGGAUUGCACGGUGCACAAUUAUAAAAAAUGUUUUUGUAGGUAUACAGUCCAUGAAGCAUUGCAGUGGCCCAUUUACAUAAAUGGCAAUUUGGUGAGUGGAAUAACAUGUAUGUUUCAGAAACGUCCCCGAUGUCCUUUUUGAAUUUACAUGGAAUUUGAUAAGAAAAAGUGUGGCCAAUGAGUUAUGCAGAAAUAUUUACACAUUUAAGAUAAUGCACAACCUCCAUUGAGCGAUUAACUUAUUAAGGUCCUGCAUUCUCUUGAAGGUACUUGUGGAUUCUGUACAGGCUUGGGAGUGUGUCAGUUGCACUUUUGAACCAGAGUAUGUGAACUGCCAAAGAUACAGUGUUUGGAAUGCUGGAUAGUCAAUACAAAACGAAUUCACCAUUAGCAAAUUAUGAAAUAGAAGUAUAACACAGUUUAAAUAGUUUUGAAGUGACAAUACUGAUGUACUAAUCAUGUUGGUUUUAUUUUAAUAAUAUUUUAAGAAUGCUGGAGUAAAUGUCUAUGGAUCAGUUGAAAAUACAGUAUAUGAAUGGAUUUUUAAAGUGUGAUUAUUAAUUCCUUUAUUAAAUGCUAUGUUUGUAUGCCUGUGGGUUGUUUUUUUAAACUGCUGUUAUUGAUUCAGCCGUGCUUGAACUUGUUAAAGCCUUUCAAUAAAAAGAGAAUGCUUUAUGA